CGUGUCUCAACAGGCUGGUGAACUAUUUCUAUUCUAGUCGAACUACAUUUACCAUAAUCCCUUGCGAGAACACCCUCUUUCUCGACAGUGAUUGGUUUAUUUGUGUAAAGCUUGCUUCCUUUUACAUUUGGGAUUUUGGCGGAAAAUGUGUUGUGCUGAGAGUGAAACGCCAACGUACUAACAUACAAUGCGUUUUUAAUUACUUCGCGUCGCUCUUGCAUCUGUUUAUUAACUUAUUUUCUGGGCAAGGGGACACUAUGUCACAUGAGCCGAGCUCUAGUGAGUCUCAGCCACAGACACAGUCACAGUCACAGGGUGGCUCCAGUUCUUCAUCCAGCGGACCUCAAACAUCUAGCCAGUCUUCAACCUCUUCAGGCUCUUUGACACACAGCUCGGCAGACACCAUUCCCACUCAGGAUUUAGCCAGCAUUCCUGAAGAGUUGCCACCAGUCUGGGGUCGCCUCUGGGCUGUUGGUAAAGGAUUUCACUGCUUUGACUGUGUCAAUGAUGAAUAUUGGUUUGGAAGAGACAGAAACUGUGAUUAUUCUUUUAAUACUCCGUCACUAGUCAACACUGAAUAUUAUCAGAAUUAUAGCAAAAAGCACUUCCGAAUAAUGAAGGUUAAUGACCUUCCAUACAUUGAAGACCACAGUGGCAAUGGUACCUUUUUGAAUGGUCAGCUUAUUGGUAAAGGAUGCAAGGUCCCACUGGUCAAUAAGGCAGAGUUGUCAUUAUCUUUCCCUCACAAUAAAGUAUUUGUGUUUUCCAAUCUUACUGCUGAUGAUGAUGAAACAACAAAUCUUCCAGAAGAGUUUAAAAAGAAGUACGUAGUUUCCAAUAAAAUUGGAAGCGGUGUAUGCGGUGAGGUGAAGCUUGCAUUCGAAAAAUCUAAUUACAGAAAAGUUGCCUUGAAGGUCAUCAGCAGAAAACAGUUUCCACCCACCGGGGCAUUAGUUUCUGCAGCUGAGAGGGAAAUUAGAAUCCUGAAGAAAAUAGACCAUCCCUGCUUGAUAAAGACACUAGAUUUCUUCCACUCGGAUGAUGUGUACUGUAUAGUUUUAGAGCUGAUGGAAGGUGGUGACCUGUUUGAGAGAGUACAUCGAGUGAAGAGACUGGAAGAAGCCACUACUAAGCUUUUUUUCUACCAAAUGCUUCUUGCAGUUAAGUAUCUUCAUGCAAAUGGUAUUAUUCACAGGGAUCUUAAACCUGAAAAUGUUCUGUUGGCUUCACAUGCAGAAAAUUGCCUGAUAAAAAUUACAGAUUUUAAUCAGUCAAAAAUUUUGGAGGAGUCUUCCUUAAUGAGAACGUUAUGUGGUACACCCACGUAUCUUGCACCAGAGGUGUUCACUGAUGCUGCAACAGUAGGAUACAGCCAGGCAGUGGACUGCUGGAGUCUAGGAGUUCUACUUUUUAUUUGCUUAUCAGGGUAUCCUCCAUUUUAUAUGAAGGAGGGAGAGAACGUUAAGGAUCAGAUAACCAAAGGCCAAUACCUGCUUGUUCCAUCUAUCUGGAAUAACAUCAGUGAUCUGGCCCAGGAUGUUGUAAAAAAGUUGCUGGUUGUCAAUCCAAAAGAAAGACUAACACUGGACCAAGCACUGGAUCAUCCAUGGAUGCAGGAUGAAAGUAUGAGAAGCACUGCUCAGGAACUUAUGUAUCCAAUUAAGAUGAUGCUUCCACCCACUACAACGGAACAACCCACUACGAGCAACAAGAGGCCUUGGGAGCAUGAGGAGAGCAUCUCAAAAAGAAAGAAGACUUGAUCCGCUCCCUCCAGGCAUCAAGCUUUGGACGGUCCUUUAGCACGUCUCUCCCUGAACCAAGUGGCUUGUUUUGGAGGAAAAAGGAAAAGAUUUUCAAGUGAGAUCUUUAAAAGAAAUUGAAACAUCAAUCAAGAUGUAGUAAUUCCUUAUUCAACUGAGAUUCCUCAUGGCAUGGAAGACUCUCUAGCUAGUUAUGAUGUAGAGUGAAAUUCUGUACAUACAAAAUCUGAACAGAUGCAAGAAAACGUUCUUAAUCUUGAGUUUCAACAGCUUUCUAAUUCUGUAAAACCUUCACCAGGAAAUACUUUUUCCUCUCUUUCAUGAAGGGCAUUAAUGUAACAGAGAAAUCCUUCUAAUCAACUGUAGCACAUCUUAAAUCAUGAGUAAUAAACCCAACAAAAUAAAUGUCAACUUAUACUGUCCACGGUUACUGUAUCUUUUCAAUGCUGUCUUCUACUGUGAUGCACUUUUGGAAACGGAGUGCUAAAUAACUGACCUCUCUGCUGGACAGCACCAUCAUAAUCUAAAGUUAUGGUUUGGAGGUGGACAAGUUGCUCGUGAAAAAAUGUGACCUGCCAUUUAUUUUAUUUUAUAUAUUUUUGUACAGUUUGAUCAGUCAAGACAAGAAAUCGGUCAAACUAAACUGCACCUUUUUGCACACUUUUCCAUAGACAUAUGAAUAAAAAAAUGGGCAGUAAAAUGUUUGAAUUCAUAGUUUGCUUAUAUUAUUAUUCUGACUGUGGACUAUUUCAUAUUUUAUUUCUUUACAUAUCUUCGGUGCACCAAUUUCUUAUCUACUUUUAUGUCCUUACCAGCACUUUCUUUGAGUUUGUUAAAGCCAGUCAAUAUCUGUAUGUCAUUUUUUUUGCCUGUAACCUCAAAUGCUUUUAGUGAAGUCAGAAAUAUCAAAUUAAGCUGAUCUAUUAUUCCCUCUACUCUGAAUAAAAUUGUUUCACAUCCCUUAA